GCGAAAGCUUGGAAGGUUGUUUGGCGUGCUUUUUGUUUCGUCGCUGUUGUUUCCCACAUUUUCGGCCAAAAUGCCGAUACGAGACCCAGCUAAAGAGCUUGGCGCCUACAGGGACCAGCAUUACAAGGGUAGCCGUACAGACCAGGAGCGGCACCUGCUGGAGAGUACCACCCUGUACGUGGGGAACCUGUCCUUCUACACCACCGAGGAGCAGAUCUAUGAACUCUUCGGCAAGUGUGGAGACAUCAAACGCAUCAUCAUGGGGCUGGACAAGAUGCAGAGAACGCCCUGUGGAUUCUGCUUCGUAGAAUACUACACCAGAGCUGAUGCAGAGAACUGCAUGCGGUACACCACGGGUACCCGACUAGACGACAGGAUCAUCCGCUGUGACUGGGACGCUGGCUUCAAGGAGGGACGGCAGUACGGCAGGGGGAAGAGUGGAGGACAGGUGAGAGAUGAGUACAGGAAAGACUAUGACCCAGGUCGUGGAGGCUACGGCAAAAUCACAGCCAAACAGUACAACCCUCUGGGACCCAUGCUCAUGUCUAAAGGCCCAGGACCCAGCGGACCAAGAUGAACAACUUUAAAGAUGGAAACCAAAUUAACACUGAACGUUAUGUCACAUCACAUCUCUGCUGCAUGUUAUCUGGGCUAUGGAUAAAUUAAACAAUGUUGAUGGGAUUCUUGUCAAGUAACAGGAGCACAUGAUGUAUUUAUGCUGUAGAUCAAUGAAGUUUAGACAUCAACGUAAUAUAAGAUACCACAUGUUCAAUUACAGUUAAACAAGUAAAAGAUUUUGAAAAUGGCAUUUCAAAUAGCAUCUUGUGUCAUCUUUGUCAGUGACUGAAAGAUUCAUAAAAAAAUUAUGAAUUGAAAUUUGAAUUGUUACAGUUACUGACAAAACAUAGUGGACAGGACCAUUUUCAAAACCUAUCCAGUUGUUGGAGUAACGAGGCUGGUAUUUAUGUUGAAGUUACACAUGUCAUUUGCUUUAUCAACAGUUGAAUUCUAAGAAGGAAAUUAAAGUGUUUUCAUAUGAGACUGUUAAAGCAACAGUAUGUGUAUAUUUUGGCCUUUUUUUUAAUUACACAUUUUAUACUGGGUAAAUUUCCUGGAACUACAGUGUAUGUCAUUGGAAUAUGGAAAACAACAGUACACUGACUGCAGUGCCUGAACCCUCAAGUUUUAGAUCCAUUUUUUUCUCAUCAUAAUUUGUCAGGAGAUAGUGAAAUAUUUGCUGGGGGGAACUAACUUUUUGGGGUUGAAAAGUUUGUCAUUCUCAUAGCAAAGGCUACUCAGUAUUCAAAGUAAUGUAUUGCAUCUACAUGUAACUGUAGUGUAACUGUAGUAUGUUAACAUGUUGUUGUAAA